GCUGCUGAAAACAUCGCCGUGCUGCUACCACUGCUACAGCGAGCCGAUCUGGGUGCGGGGCCCGGCGUACAUGAUCGUUCGCGCCGCGCAGCGUCGAAACAUUCUGCGGAACAAGUAGUUUGAAUGAUUUGCACGCGAAGGCUGGGUGCAGUCUUUAUGUUGGUGACUCGCGGCAGCUCAUUCAGCGCUUCGGCAUAGCGUCGUGCCGGCAAGCAGCAUCAGCUGUGUCAGCACCUGGAAAUGUCGUCCUCCGCGGCGUAUUACUCCUCUGGCUUCCUGGACUCGAAUGGUGUGGCUGGAGCAGCAUCAUUCUUCGCUGUGGUCCUUGCGUUGUGCAUCUGCGUAGUGGUCUCAGUGGUCUUGGCUUUCCUACUUACAGUGAAGUUCAUUCAGUUGAGAAAGCUUCGAAGUAUCAAGAGUGUGCCACACAGACGUGAACCUCUGCCUUACAUGAACCUGCUGUCGUUGCUCAAAAGUUGCUCACAAGGAGGACCAACAUGGUUAAGCGCAACUCUGUUUGCAGCUACCGUCGGUUUUCACCAUGUUCAUAAAAAGCGUGGAAUGUAUAUGUUUUUCGUUGGGACCAGGCCGUCAGUAAGCCUCCAGAGAGCAGAGUUUGUGGAGGAAGCGCUCUCGAGCAAUUCACUGCUCGCCAAGGGACCGGAGUAUACACUCCUGCACAACUGGUUGGGAACUGGCCUGCUUACAGGUACAGGGAACAAGUGGAGAACAAGGAGACGUAUGUUUACUCCAGCAUUCCACUUUCGCAUUCUCGAAGACUUCAUCUCGACCAUAAAUGCUCAGUCAACUGUGCUUGCUGACAAGCUUGGAAAAAUGUGUUCACCUGGCAAGCGCACCGACAUCGUACCGUUGGUCACGAUGUGCACUUUAGACAUUAUAUGCGAGACUAUAAUGGGAACAUCGAUUCGAGCACAACAUGAUGAACGCUCUCCUUAUGUAAAAGCUGUCAACAGACUGGGAGAGUUAUUUAUACUACGAAUGCUGAACCCAUUUCUCCAGAGUGAGUACGUCUUCAAGCGCAGUUCCAUUGGCAAGGAGUACUACGAGUGCCUGAACACGCUUCAUACAUUCACAAGAAAGGUUAUAGCCGAAAGAAAGGAGUUGUUGCAGAACCAGCAUCGCCUUGAAGAUCAGAGCGAUUCUGACAGCGACAUCGGAAAACAGAAAAGGAAAAGGCCGUUUCUGGACCUUCUCAUUACCGAACACCUGAAAGAUUCGGCGUCUAUCAACGAAGAAGAUAUACGGGAGGAAGUGGACACGUUCAUGUUCGAGGGACACGACACAACGGCAAUGGGAAUCAGCUGGGCUUUGUUUCUAAUUGGCCAUCAACCUGUGGAGCAACAAAAAAUACACGACGAACUGGAUGCAAUAUUCGGAAGUGACAAGCAUCGUCCAGUCACGUCCGAAGAUUUGAGGGAAAUGAAGUACCUUGAGUGCUGCAUAAAGGAAGCACAGAGACUGUACCCAUCCGUUAGUUUCCUAACGAGAACGUGCGAACAGCCAUUUGAAAUUGGUUCCGUAACCUUCCCAGCGGGCACCGUUGUGAGAGUGUCCGUGUACUGCCUUCACCGGGACGAAGAUGUGUUUCCGAAGCCGGAGGAGUUUCACCCAGAAAGAUUUUUCCCAGAAAAUGCGAAGGGUAGACAUCCUUUUGCCUACAUUCCUUUCUCGGCUGGUCCUCGCAACUGCAUCGGUCAGAAGUUUGCCUUGUCAGAAGAGAAGAUUGUCAUCGCUAAUAUACUACGCCGCUUCAAGCUCAAAUCGCUCGAUCAGCGAGAUCAAAUCAACCUGGUCGCAGAGCUGGUUCUUAGGCCGAAGAGUGGCUUGAGAAUACAAUUUACUGCUAGAUGAUGACUCAAUGGCGCCUGGAAAACA